UUGGUGCUCAGCACUGUGGCUGCGGCGCCAGCAAAUGAUGUCCAAAAGAGAGACCUCCAAACAAUUCAGGGGGCGUUCGUGUCCAUCUCAGUGGCAUCAUCGAACUUGGAUACAGCCAUCAGAGCUCUGACCCCCGACCCCAAUAGCGCUUCUGCUCUCGGCCCGGCGAUGAUGGGACUCGAAGGUGCACUUGCACAAGCCCGUACUGAUGUUGCGCCGACCUCGCCGAUUGGAAUCUCUGACGGUAUCGCCCUUCAGAACGCUGCCGAUACUUUGACGAAGAGCGUGAAGAUCAUGGUCAUGUCAGCAAUGCUCCAGCGUCAGACGCUCGACCAAAUAAACAUGACGCCAAUGCUUCUCCAAUCCUUCAUGAACCAGAACAUGUUGUCAGCUGCACUUGGCCAGGUCGUUCUUUCCAAGCUUCCUGCGGAGGGUCUCCAAAGCGCCAUGGCCGCGUUUGCUGGAGCUGGUGGCUCGGUUGGAAUGGGAAUUGUGUCGCUCGCCAACCCUCCUUUGGCGAUGCCUCCCGGUAUGGGCCCUCCCAUGGGCGGCGCACCUCCAGCAGCUAUGCCAGCCACUGGAGCU